CCCAGGAGAGCAUCACUGGACACAGAGCAGGUGCUCCAGGUCUUUCCCACAGGAGAAGCACUUCCCAUGUCAGGGCACUCUGAGCUCAGUCAGCCCAUGGGACUAAUGAUGUCCUUGGUGGCUCUGAUCUCUGCUGUGGCACGGGGAUAGAGAAAAGCUGGGCAGAGCUGGAGAUGCUCCCCCAACUCUUUCCCAGCUGCAUCACUCUUGAGCAGCACAGCCCCAGUCUGAGAGGGUCUCAGGCUCAUCCCCCUGUACCAGGGCUCCUAAAUCACUUUUCCCCCUUAUCCUGCUUCCAGCUUCAGUGCACCACUUGCCAGGUGACUCUGUCCCGGCGAGGGACCCGUUUCUGCCUUGAAAUCAUCCUCCUGGAUCUUCUCUGCCUCGCUGCCCAUGGUCCCAGAGUAGAGCACCAGAUCCUUCACGAAGAUGCUCACAGCGCGGCAGAUAAAGGAGGUGAAGAGGUGGACGUGGAUGUAGUUGCGUGUGCAGUGCAGGCGCCUAUGGAGAAGGGAUGAGAAACCAGCCCAGCCCCAGCUGCCCCACCAGUUCAUCACAUGGAGGCCCUGAGAAGAGAGCUGCUACUGCCUAUUGGGCUGGGACCCAGGAUCCAGAAAGAGUGAAAAUGCUCUGUCCCAAGAGCACCCUGAAGGUGGCUGAUGAGACACUCAGGAACACUUCCUAAUGCAAGGUCUUCAAAUGGUUAGAAGGGGAGAGUGAGAGCAGAAACUUCUCCCACCAGAGCCUGCCCAGUGCCUGGGAAGGGACUGAAAGGUGGAAGAAGUGGUGCAGGGCUGUGAAAGGUUCUGAGGCAGUGAUCUGGCUUUAGCCAUCAACCUUCUUGGCCUUGAGGAGCAUCACAGUGGGGCUUUGUAAAGGCACAGGGAUGAGUCCUGCUGCUCACCAAAGCAGACAAAUGGAAGAACGAAAGACAAAGCCUUCUCCUUCACCUUUAGGAGGUGAGCACAGCUUCUCGCCUCCAGUGUGGCCUUUACCAGGGCAUCGGCUCAGCCCCGGGGUGAGACAGGGGCAAACCAGACCCACGGCACGAGUCCAGGGGGGACUGAGUCUUCAAGUGCCUCGGUCCUUGCAGAGCUGCCUAAAAACAGGAGCCUGCUGCUGUGGUACGGGGGCAGGUUCAUCUGCUGCCCUGCUGCUGCUUUGCUGCCAGGCACCCGGAGCCCUCCAGGGUUAGGUUUUCAGUGAUCACUUAGCAAGCAGCCCCCAUGCAGCCCACCCACUGCAGAUGCUGGAGGGGGAGAUGUUUCCCCCUUUUGAGGCCGAGAUGGGGGAGCAGCUGAUGACUUUGCAAUGCCGGGAGCUGAUGACAAUGGGCAAUUGUCAAGUUGGGGCCCCUCUCGUUUGAGUUUUCUUCCUUUUAUAGUAAGUAGCAGUUGCUCCAGCAGCUGGCCUGCCCCUCCGGGGUGAGCACAGGGCUCAUAUAUAAGGGAAGGAGCAGGCUUUUCCUUUCAUCCCCCGUCCCAGGGCUUCACAGGGAGGCAGGACUCGUCCCGACACCUUCACAGAGACCCAGCACGAUGCCGCUCAAGAAACCCGACCCGAGGAAGGACGCAGCCAAACAAGCUCCAGUCCCAGAGCCCCCCCGAGAGCCUGCCUUCGACCUCAAGAGCGUGAAGAUCGAGUUCACCGCAGAGCAGAUCGAAGAGUUCAAAGAAGCCUUCAGCCUGUUUGACAGGACACCUGCAGGAACCAUGCAGAUCACCUACGCCCAGUGCGGGGACGUCCUGAGGGCGCUCGGCCACAACCCCACCAAUGCAGAGGUCCUGAAGGUGCUGGGCAAGCCCAAACCAGAAGGUGACAGCAAACUGGGGCAGCAUGAACAGGAAAUGAACACAAAGACGCUGGACUUCGAGACCUUCCUCCCCAUCCUGCAGCACUUCACCCGCAACAGGGAGCAAGGCACCUUCGAGGACUUCGUGGAGGGGCUGCGAGUCUUCGACAAGGAGGGCAACGGCAUGGUGAUGGGCGCCGAGCUGCGGCACGUGCUGGCCACGCUGGGGGAGAAGAUGACAGAAAAUGAGGUGGAGCAGCUCAUGGCAGGGCAGGAAGAUGCCAACGGCUGCAUCAACUAUGAAGCUUUUGUCAAGCACAUCAUGUCUGGCUGAGAGAAGAAACUUCAGGCACUGCACGUCCACAGAGACGUCUGGUGUGAGCCACCAUGGAGAGUUGGCCUUCGCCAGUGUGUGCCUGAGCCUGGGUAAACAACGAGACAUCUGCAACUUGGUUUCAAAUGUUAAGUUAUUAUUUUCACAUUUUUCUUGUCACAUUUGGCUCAUUAAAUUUCAUUUCUCCCUCCUUUAA